CUUACCAACAACAGCCAGACUGUGUGUCGUCUACAGUGUCAGUCCUACAUAUUUAUAACCACAGCGCGCCGUUCACGAAGAGUAUGAGCGAAGCACGGAGAGCACGCCGCAUAUCAGUUGGUUCGCAGCUUCGAUCGUAUCUGGACGUGCAAGCGUGCAGGAUAUUCCGCCGUGAACGUGAAAAAGGCUGGUCUCUGUGAGUUAUGGUCACAGCGCCUUAGGGAUACUUGACUUCCGGUGAACAGUGUGAUGGAUUUGUGUGGUUUUUCUUUGGAAUCUAAUUUGUAUAUUUGAGCUGUGGCAUUGUUUGUUUGAACAUAAACGAAGCAAGUGUAGGGAUAAAAAGUGUGUAUCACUGUAAAUGUUCCCCGAAUUUAAACUGCAAACGUCCUUCGAGUAGAUGCCUAGAUUCUCGUUUGGGGAGAGUGCAUCGUGAGGCGAACAAGGCUAAGAGUUUUCAAAACACAGCACUUAUUGUGAGCACUAUUGUGUACCGAGGUGGAUUGGCAAGCAGAGCGUUGUGUGAAAAUAAACGAGCUAAAAUUAAGUUUAUCGAUUACGCCGCCGAAGCGAACGAUGCGAUUUCCGCUGUUGGCAUUGUUGAGAUCCUGGAGGAAAAUCUAGAACAAAUGGAAUUCAGCCAACAUCGAAAAAGUGGUUCUGGUGGAAAUUGAUUGGAAAAAAUCCGACCAACCAGUGAGAAAAUAGAAGUGAGAGCUACAGAUCUACGGCAAACGAGGAAAAAUCGUUCUCGGGAAAAAUUGUUUUAGCAUGGUUGUUUGAGAGCGGAAAACGUGUUGGUCUUGUUUUAUUUACCGUGGAAGUGUGCGGCUUUUGUGUGAGUUUUCCGACACGGUACAAGGAUUCACUGCUCGGUGCGGAGCAGACAACGGUUGUUGCGACAGGUACUGUCUCCUCGGGAAGGUGUGUCUGUGAGGACAUUGCUGGGUUUGUAGUUUUAGCUGGAUCAUUAUCACACAGCACAGGUGUAUAUCGAAGCCGUCUGCGGAGGAUUCAUAAACGAUGUGAAUAAACAAUUUCAAUGUACCAGGCUUGAAGAAUAACUGGUCUCGAUGUGUCUGCAUGGCCGCAUUUUGAGCAGCCUACAGAGGCUACCACCAUCGACAACAAAUAAACAUUAUAUCUAACGCAACAGCGAAACUCGUUUGCCAAUAGUGGCCUUCAUCGCCACCAUUGGCCCUUCAACGCUUUCGCCACCAACGCACCCGCAACGGCUUCCUUCAGCCAGUCCGUCGGAAGGAUGAUCAAAUCCUACAAAUUGUACCUGACAUUGCUGAUCAGUUCAGUUUUCAUUAUCCUGUGUCAGAACCAGAUAUCAAUAGCCAAUUUUGUCAGCACUUCCACGGCUGCGUUAGCCGGAAGCAAUGGUCCUCCGGCACAGGCACAAGCCCUGGUUGCGGAUGGACUGGGCUUGGGCGAGGACCAAGAACAGCCAUCGAUUGUGGACAAGGUCCGCUCAAGGAGUCUCACCUUCAACGAUGUCCGGCCCAUGGGAGCCGGAACCAAAUCGACUGAUCGUACUACCACGACCUUAGGGUCCAGUAGUAGUAGUAGUAGUAGUAGCAGUAGUACAGCUAGCACGUCAACAAGCACAACCACCAGCACGACAAAGACGUCCACGACAACAACGACUGCAUUGCCUGUGGAGCACGAUGUCUCCGAAAAUCGACAACAAUCAGCUAGAAGUAGUGAUAUUCCUUCCCAUUUCCCGGUGGACACCAAGGUGCUACCCCCACUGUACAUUAUCACACCGACAUAUCGCCGUCCGGAGCAGCUGGCGGAAAUCACCCGGCUCGGUUACACCCUCAAGCACGUGCCGAACCUGUUCUGGUUGAUCGUCGAGGACGCGGACAAUCGGACCGAAACCGUAACGAGACUGCUGAAGCAAAUCAAUGUGCCAUUUAUCCAUUUAACAGCUCCCAUGCCGGCCAAAUAUCGCAAACUGAAAGUUAAGCCCCGUGGCGUGUCCAACCGAAAUCGUGGCCUCCAGUGGAUCCGUGCCAACGCGACUGAAGGCGUACUCUAUUUCGCCGACGAUGACAACACUUACAAUUUACAAAUCUUUGAACAGAUUCGUUACAUUCGUAAGGUGGGAAUGUGGCCGGUGGGUCUCAUAUCCAAAUAUGGCGUAAGCAGUCCGAUUGUGGUCAAUGGAUCGAUCACCGGCUUCUACGACGGAUGGAUUGGAGGACGCAAGUAUCCGAUCGAUAUGGCCGGAUUUGCCGUGAGCGUAAAAUUCUUGUUGUCUCGACCUAAGGCAGAAAUGCCUUUCAAGGCAGGAUACGAAGAGGAUGGCUUCUUGCGAAGUUUGGAUCCCCUGGACUUGAAGGAUAUUGACCUGUUGGCAUCUAAUUGCACUGAGAUUUUGACAUGGCACACGCAGUCCAAAAAGAACCCAGCAGCACUUCCGUUGAACCUGACAAAAUACGGAUCAACCAAUCUGGUGAAGCUAACGCGAACACUAGUUUAGGAUUUGACGUAAAAAUCACGAAUAAAAGACAACUCUAAGUUUCCGAACCGAAGUACAGAAGGAAUUGCAAUAAAUUGUUUUGGAUGAAAAGGAUUGAAUGAAUGAAAAAAGAGAUAAAUACAUAAUUCUGGGUGCUAUUUUAAAUUUUAAACAAAGAUUCACGAACUAAAUCACAAUAAUUUUCAAAGCAAGAAGAACAUGCAUCAAAGCGUUGAGUGCAACUGCAUAGGUUGACAAAACAGGGGGUACUUAAAGAUUGAUGAUAGAUUAAAACGGCAAAUGCCAAAUUGGUUGAGAUUGGUUUCCCCUACGAACUACGGAGUGAAAUGAACCAGUUAUGCAUCGUAAUGUAAAAUAAAGUUAGAUAGGAUAUGAUAACAAUUAGGUACUGUAAGGAUAUUUUUCUUAUCCCAAUUUUCUUCCAACAGCAAAUGAUUGUGCGUGAAACUGAAUUAAUAAAAAAUAUCUAUAUCGCCUGCGCGAGUUCCACACUAAGCUGUAAAUACUCUUUAUGUUCCUUAACUCGUGAAAUGAUAUUUUUAUUGACCGUUCUGUAAGCAACAUUGUUUGAUAUAUUUUCCAAACCUCAACUAGAUAUUCUUAGAUAGUUUUAGCUACAUAAAUUUACUAGUUAAAAUCAUGUAAAUACAUUCAAAUCCAGAAGAUCUGAAAUUCUCCCAUAUCUUAGAAUUUUUUCCUAUAUUUUAAUGUAGUUUAGCUAUUCCAAAAAAAGUUACUAAAAAGAAUAGUAACGAUUAUGAGGUAUCAUUGAUCGCACUUGGUGCGGCGCAAAAGUAAUCCACAGGAAGACGAUAAAGUGUGCAAUCCCUUCCACGUGUGCUCACAUUUCUUUUAAAAGAAAAAAAAAACUAGUAUCCAAAGACGAAUCGAAUACGAUGAGUGAACAUCGAGCUUUCCUCUCAAAUUGGUAUCAUGAUUAAGUGAAACAAAAUCUACCAGUUGUUCUUUCCAAAAAAAAAACAAACGUGAACUAAAAAAUCUAUUGCCUUCAAUUUUUUGAUGUUUUGCCAACUGGUUCGAUUGGUUUGAAAUAACGCUUGCUCUUAUGUUUUGACCAGCGUUUCAAUUACAAAUUAGCUUUGGUCCCAUAUGAAAUCUAGAAGUUGAAGUUGUUCAGUUCUUUGUUUGUCAGAAAUCUAGCAAAUAAUGGAAAAAAGUGAACGAGUUUUCCUUGUUCGAUGCUAAUUAAUAGUAAUUCACUAAUAAUGAUUCUACUUUUAUUGUGAUCAAAUCUGAAAAUCAUCAAUAAAUCGUAAGCUAUACCAAUAAAAUGAUAUUGAAAACCAGA